CUGUCCGGUGAUGUAAUUUGUUCAGAAGAACGAAAAUUGUAAGAUGCUGCAUUAAUAUAUCGAGAGGAUUUAAAUAUUAUUUAACAAUUAAACGAUGGCACAAAUACCGAUUGGUAUUCGCAGUCAUUCACAAAAAGUAUGUUCUCUGUAUAAAAGAGCAGUGCGCAUGCUGAGGUGUCAUUUUCCCAUAAGACACGACUUCAGAUACCAUGCCGUCUUACUCAGAGACCGUUUUGACAAGAGUGCAAACAUAAAAGAUAUAAGAGUGGCUAAGGAUAUGUUAAUAUCUGGGGAAGAGGAGCUUUUCAAGUACCAGCACUACUUGCCGAUACAGUUUCCAAAUUCUCCUGGUGGCAUAGCCUAUGAUCGCGAAGUCAUACUACCGGAUUGGAUCCUUGACUACUGGCAUCCUAUAGAAAAGGCUAUGUACCCUAAGUAUUUCGCUCUUCGUGAGAAGCGCAAGAAAGAGUACAUUGAAUUCUUCGAUAAACAAUAUCCAGAUGCUCCUAAACAUUUCGAUGAUGAUCAUUGAUUCAUUGGGGCUGAUGCUUAUAAACAUAUGUAGAACUAUAUAAGUGCAAAACUAUUGCAAUAAACAGUACCUAUGUCUACUCGAUG